GGGGUGGGCUGGGUUCCUGGCCAAUCACGAGUCUUUGCAACCGGAUAUGGUUGCUGGGCUCUGAAAGCUCAGCUCGGAAACCGUGAAGGGGUCCACGUGUGGCAGGGGCGGCCGAGCCGUGAUGGCUUUGGAAGUUUGUUCGUGCUGACCGAGGGGACAAACUCACGUGACUUUACAUACCCCAGGGGACUGAGCCCCUCAGAGGGUACCUCAGGAGCAGGGUCUAGAAGACGCCGCUGGGGCCGGGACAACAUGAAUCUCUUACCUAAAAGCUCCAAGGAGUUUGGCUCGGUUGACUAUUGGGAGAAGUUCUUCCAGCAGCGAGGAAAGAAAGCUUUCGAGUGGUAUGGGACCUACCUGGAACUGUGCGGGGUGCUGCACAAAUACAUCAAGCCCAGGGAGAAGGUGCUGGUGAUCGGUUGCGGCAACUCGGAGCUCAGUGAGCAGCUAUAUGAUGUGGGCUAUCAGGACAUAGUGAGCAUUGACAUCAGCGAGAGUGCCAUCAAGCAGAUGAGGGAGCGCAACGCCACGCGGCGGCCCCAGUUGAGCUUCCUGAAGAUGGACAUGACGCAGAUGGACUUCCCCAGUGCGUCGUUCCAGGUGGUGUUGGACAAGGGCACCCUGGACGCCGUGCUGACCGAUGAGGGGGAGAAGACCCUGCAGCAGGUGGACAGGAUGCUGGCUGAGGUCGGCCGCGUCCUGCAGGUGGGCGGGCGCUACCUGUGCAUCUCCCUGGCUCAGGCUCACAUCCUGAAGAAAGCAGUCGGGUACUUCUCUCGGGAGGGGUGGAUGGUGAGGGUGCAUCAAUUGGCCACCAGCCAGGACCAGGUGUUGGAAGCAGAGCCUCGGUUCUCCCUGCCCGUCUUUGCCUUCGUCAUGACCAAGUUCAGGCCGGUCCCUGGCCGCACCCUCCAGAUCUUUGAGCUGUGUGCUCAGGAGCAGGGCAAGCCCACACGGCUGGAGAGUGCCGAGCGGCUGGCGGAGGCAGUGCGGGAGCGGCAGCAGUAUGCCUGGCUGUGUGGCCAGCUGCGCCGCAAGGUCGGGCUGGGGAAUGUGUCUCUGGACUUGUGUGAUGGGGACACAGGGGAACCACGCUACACCCUGCACGUGGUGGACAGCCCCACGGUGAAACCAUCGAGGGACAAUCAUUUUGCCAUUUUCAUCAUCCCCCAAGGCCGGGAGACUGAGUGGCUCUUUGGCAUGGAGGAAGGCCGGAAGCAGCUGGCAGCCAGUGCGGGCUUCAGGAGGCUGGUCACGGUGGCCCUUCACCGAGGUCAACAGUACGAAGGCAUGGAGAGCAUUCAGGCUGAGCUGUCGGCCAGGGUCCUGGAGCUGGCCCCGGCUGGAAUGCCGGCACAGCAGCAGGUGCCUUUUCUGUCUGUGGGUGGGGACAUCGGGGUCCGGACUGUCCAGCACCAAGACUGCAGCCCUUUGAGUGGCGACUAUGUCAUUGAAGACGUGCAAGGGGACGACAGGCGAUACUUUAGGCGGCUGAUCUUCCUCAGCAACAGAAACGUGGUGCAGUCCGAAGCCAGGCUGCUGCAGGAUGUGUCUCACAGAGUUCAGAAGAAACGGAAGAAGGACCGGAAGAAGCAGCGGCCUGUUGAUCCUGCAGAGGACCCCACCAUAGCCCCUGGGCAGUCCAUCGAUAAGAGCUACCUGUGCUGUGAACACCACAAAGCCAUGAUUGCGGGUCUUGCCCUGCUGAGAAACCCAGAAUUGCUGCUAGAGACCCCCCUGGCGUUGUUGGUGGUAGGCCUCGGCGGCGGCAGCCUUCCCCUCUUUGUCCACGAUCAUUUCCCGAAGUGCUGCGUUGAUGCUGUGGAGAUCGACCCCUCCAUGUUGGAAGUGGCUACCCAGUGGUUUGGCUUCUCCCAGAGUGACCGGAUGAAGGUUCAUAUAGCGGAUGGCCUGGACUACAUCACCAGCCUAGCAGGAGCAGAAGUUCGACCUCGCUAUGAUGUCAUCAUGUUUGAUGUGGACAGUAAAGACCCGACACUGGGAAUGAGUUGUCCACCUGCAGCGUUUGUGGAGCAGCCUUUUCUGCAGAAGGUCAAAAGCAUCCUGAGCCCUGAAGGUGUCUUUAUCCUUAACCUCGUGUGCCGAGACGUGGGGCUGAAGGACUCGGUGCUGGCCAGGCUCAAGGCCGUGUUCCCUCUUCUGUAUGUGCGGCGGAUUGAGGAUGAAGUGAACGAGAUCCUGUUCUGUCAGCUGCACCCUGAGCGGAAACUUGCCAUGCCGGAGCUCCUGGAAAUGGCGCAGGCCCUGCAGCGGGCGCUCAGGAAGCCUGGGCAGGCUUGGGAUGACACGUACAUCCUGUCGGAUAUGCUCAAAUCUGUAAAGAUUGUGUGAUCACUGAGGCUGGGCACUCCUCUGCCUGCCCAGACUGCGCUUGGACCCCUGGUCUGCCAGGGACGGAAGAAAUAGAGCACACAGUGCUUGCUUAGCCCCGUGUCUUUACUGGUGUCCUGCUCGGCUCUGUGCGAUCUCCUGCUUAGCAGAGCUGGGAAGGUGUCUCCAUCUUGUCCUCUUCAGUGCCACUUGGAUCAGUGGGCUCUGCUUCCUGCACUGUGUCCUGGAGCAGGGCUCCUCCGGACUGCUGAAGGCGGUCUGUUUGCUCUCCGUCUGUU